AUGCCCUGCUUCAAGGGCAUUGCGGUGAGCGUCCACGCCAAUGGAGCCCCGCUGCCGGAACAUGGCAUGCAGAAGCAGUCCAGGUUGUCACGCAUCAGCACCUACAUACCCGUUCCGCAGCCCUCGAUAGGCCAGGAUCCCACCAAACCUGAACCCGCCAAGUUUGCCAUAUCUAUAACCCUCCUCACCUCUGGCUUGCCGAUUCCCUAUUCUGCCCCCAAGCCCACUGAAACCAAUCCCUACCCCAAGCCUCAGUUCGUCGGUGGUCUUCAUCCCGGCUCCCAUGGCGAACGUGGUAAAUUCAUGGGCCUCGUCAGCCCUUACAUCCCCAUGACCAACUCCGAAAACGAAACGAUUGCCGCAUACAUUUACUUUGACGGACGUAACAAGGAAGAGGUCGCCACACUUCUACGCCCUGGUGAGGAGACCUGGGUGAACAGCAGAUGGGUCCAAGUGCCAGAAUCCGAGGGCGGCGGUCUUGCCGAGCGCGAGUUCCUCUUCCGCGAGGUCGGCCUUGAGAGAUGGCUUAACGGUCUCGAUCUCCAGGGCCACGAUGCUGCGGAGAAGCUCGAGAAGCGCCGACUAAAGUUUCAACGCCGCCAGCAACGCCAGAGCAUCUCCCUCGAUGAGCAAGACUCUCUGAACAAGAAGCGAGGUACUCUCAGAUAUGGCGCAGAGGAUGGGUCCCCCAUUGAAGCAGUCUACGACUACUCAGGCUCAUCCUCGGAUGAUGACGAGCCACCCGAGGCAACCGGUCAAAUCAAAGUCGCCAUGUUCCGAGUCCUUGCUUCGGGAGAGAUCAAGAAAGGAGAGUACUCGCCUCAGUUUGACGCACAUGAUGGUGACGAGGAGGGAAACAACGAAAAGAGCGGCAUAGAUGCCGACGUUGAGCACACCACCAGCUUUGCCAAGCCAAAGACCUUGGAUCCAAAGACGAUAAGCACCCAGACAGUAACCGGCAUCGAUGGCCCAGACAAACCUUUUGCGGUUUUCACAUUCUUUUACCGCGGUGAUCGUCAAUUACAAAAGAUCGGUGUCUUGCAGCAAUCAUCAAAGACACAUGCGCCCGCCGGAUCUGCUAAACGGCGGUCUGGUCAGCUAGAUUUCUCUAGUCUUGGCCCGUUGAAGGCCGGAGGAACCGUGGGCUUCUCGGCUUUCCGUGACCAGGCCACUGAAGCUUCCAGACGUCGCAAGGCCCGGAAGAAGAGCAACGGGAACAUUGCUGAUGAUAGCGACGACGAUGACGAAAGUGAUGGCAUAGUCAAUAUGGAUCCGGGAGACGACAAGGAUGUGGAUCGCAAGCUGGCGCCCGAAGAUGCCAAAUCUCAAGGUGAACUGGCCGACGGAGUGAAUCGAAUCCACCUUAAGAGAGCACACUCGGCCGACCCAGACGCAGCUUCGACAACGCCGAGCACUCCGCAGCUCGGAGCAAGUAACGACACGCCCGGUGAAUUGGGCUCCAGCUCUGUCCAAGCGAUCCCCAUGCCGUCCACAAGCGCUCAUGCGAUCGAAAGCAUCUCGGCCGAAGCAACUGUAGGAAGCCCCCUUAAGAAGGCGCGAGCAAGCGUUGAUCAGGCCGCUGUCGGAGACGACAAGUAUUCAACCCUUCACAAGCAGCUACAUCAAAAAGCCGACACGGAGACGCUGCCUGCUUCCGAAUUGGGCGUCCUCAAGUUGAAAAUGCCGUCAUUGCGAAACACAGCCGUGGCGCUGGCUGUUGUUGGCGCUCACGCGGCUCACAGUAGCGAUAGCCAGAAGCCAGUUCUCCAGAAACAUGGAGGCGCAUCAAAUCCUCUGAAUGGUGAUUUGGCAAAAUUCGUUCAAGAGUCGCUGGACGUGUGGCAUGUUCCGGGCAUGGCGGUCGGUGUCAUAGACGGCGACCACAUCUACACCGAGGGCUACGGCUACGCCACGCUCCCCGACGUGCGCGCCACGGCCGACACUCUGUGGUACGGGGCGUCGACGUCCAAGGCGCAGACCGCGGCGCUGCUCUCGCACCUCAUCCACUCGGGCAACCACAGCCAGUUUGGCGCGCUGGGCUGGGAGACGCCCAUCACGUCGCUUGUGCGGGACGACUUUGUACUGACCGACGAGUGGGCGACGGCGCACGUCACGCUCAACGACGCGGCGAGCCACCGGACGGGCAUGGGCCGGCACGACCUGGCGAUGCACCGGGUGCGCGACGGGCGGCCGGUGGCCCCGCGCGACGUGGCGCGCAGCCUGCGCCAUCUGGCCAUGACGGCCGAGCCGCGCGUCCGCUACUCGUACUGCAACCUCAUGUACACGACGCUCGGGCACGUGCUCGAGACGGUGACGGGCGUGUGGCUCGGCGAGGCGCUGCGGACGCACCUCUGGGGCCCGCUGGGCAUGACGGCGACGUACUUUGACACGGCCGCGGCGCUGCACGCCGACGAGCACUUUGCGGGCGGCUACGCGUGGGAUGAGCGCGCCGGCAACUACACGCCGGUCGACUACAUGUCGGUGACGGACGUGGGCGCGGCCGGCGCCGUCAUCUCCAACGUCAAGGACUAUGCGAAAUGGGUCCGCUGUCUGCUGCACGAGAGCGCGCCGCUGUCGCCGGCGACGCACGCGGACAUCCGCACGCCGCGCGUGUUUGUCUCGGUGGACGACGGCGACGCCGGCAUGGGCGUCUCGACGUACGGCCUCGGCUGGAGCCGCGAGACCAUGCACGGCCACACGCUGUUCCAGCACUCGGGAGGUAUGCACGCGUACGGGGCCGAGGUGUUUUGGCUGCCCGACAUCAAGUUUGGCGUCGUUGCGUUUGGCAAUACGGCCGUGUCGUCCAACUUUGCGGAGCUCGAUGUCGUGUACCGCCUGAUUGAGGACAAGUUGAACAUUCCGGCCAAGAAGAGGAUUGAUAUCCGAGCGAAAUCGAGAAAGAUCCGGGACAGCAUACCGACGAGGGAAGAGGCCGUUAAUACGCUGUUCCCUGACCUGCCCGACACGCCGCAGCUGGGAUCGUUUGACGCCGGACAGCUCGUCGGGCACUACAAGAACGAGGGUUGGGGCGAAGUUACAUUUACAGUGGCGGACGAUUUUGAGGGUCGCAACAAGACUGUGCUCAUUGGGCCGCGACCGGACACAUCCUUCAGGCACACAUUGAUCUUGGAGCACAUGACGGGCGACUACUGGCUGGUCUACGCCACGAUGCUGGGCAACAGCAGCUACCAAAAUGAGUACCUCAAAGCAAAAUUCGUGGCCGGUGUGGAUGGAAACCCAGUCGCACUCGACCUGGACACUCAGACUGCCAGUGGUGGCCUAAGUGAUGGCAUCGUCCAGUUUACCAAGUCUGAUUAA